AUGAUGAUGGGUAAGAUUAAGCAUUUAGCAGCAGUUGCAGUUGCAGUGGUCGCAGUGAUAACAAUGUUUUCCCUGCAACCUGCCCAAGCAUAUCCGUUGACGGAGAAAAUAACUCAUCUGAAAUUCUAUUUCCACGACACAGUUUCGGGAAAAAAUGUGACGGCCGUGGAGGUGGCGUCGGCUCCAUCCACUAAGACGUCGGCUACUCUCUUUGGAAAGGUGUUUGUGUUGGACGACCCAUUGACGGAAGGGCCUGAGCCCACCUCCAAAUUGGUGGGCAAAGCUCAGGGUCUGUACGCCUCUGCCGGCCAAGAGGACUUUCACCUGUUAAUGGCGGUCACCUUUGUUUUUCAGGGCGGAAAGUUCAAUGGGAGUACACUCGCUAUGGUGGGUAACAACGCUGUGCUUAAGGAAGUAAGAGAGAUGCCAAUUGUGGGAGGAAGCGGGAAAUUCAGGCUGGCUCGAGGAUAUGCUCUCGCCCGUACUCACUACAUUGACUUCAAAUCAGGCAAUGCAAUCGUUCUUUACAAUGUCACCGUACAUCAUUACUGA